UUCAUUGCCUGUUGGCGUAGCAUCACCGGGCAACCAACAACUGAAUCUGUGCAUCGUCACAGUUCCAUGUUCUAGCCCUCCCCCACAUGGGUUCACUGCUUCUGCUGAAAUCGCACUGGGAGAGCAGUGGCCUUGGUGUUAGAAGCCUUGAGUCUGCACCCUGGCACUGCCCUGACCCUCGGCUCCCAAACACAGAGGCAUGAUGGGGGAGAAUGUCACCAAGGUCAGCACCUUCAUCCUGGUGGGCUUCCCCACAGCCCCGGGGCUGCAGUACCUGCUGUUCCUCCUCUUCCUGCUCACCUACCUCUUUGUCCUGGUGGAGAACCUGGCCAUCAUCCUCACCGUCUGGAGCAGCGCCUCCCUCCACAGGCCCAUGUACUACUUUCUGAGCUCCAUGUCUUUCCUGGAGCUCUGGUACGUGUCUGACAUCACUCCCAAGAUGCUGGAGGGCUUCCUGCUCCGGCGGAAACGCAUCUCUUUCGUUGGGUGCAUGACGCAGCUCUACUUCUUCAGCUCCCUGGUGUGCACUGAGUGUGUGCUCCUGGCCUCCAUGGCCUACGACCGCUAUGUGGCCGUCUGCCACCCGCUGCGCUACCACGUCCUGCUGACCCCGGGGCUGUGCCUCCAGCUGGUGAGCUUCUCCUUUGUGAGUGGCUUCACUGUCUCAAUGAUCAAGGUCUAUUUUAUCUCCAGCGCCACAUUCUGUGGCUCCAAUGUCUUGAACCACUUCUUCUGUGACAUCUCCCCCAUCCUCAAGCUGGCCUGCAUGGACUUCUCCACUGCAGAGCUGGUGGAUUUCAUCCUGGCCUUCAUCAUCCUGGUGUUUCCGCUCCUGGCCACCGUGCUGUCAUAUGGGCACAUUACCCUGGCCGUCCUGAGUAUCCCCUCGCCCACCGGCCGCUGGAGAGCCUUCUCCACCUGUGCUUCUCACCUUGCCGUGGUCACCAUCUUCUACGUGGCCAUGAUUUUCAUGUAUGUCCGGCCCCAGGCCAUUGAUUCCCGGAGCUCCAACAAGCUCAUCUCUGCUGUGUACACUGUCAUCACGCCAAUAAUUAACCCUUUGAUCUACUGCCUGAGGAACAAGGAAUUUAAGGACGCCUUGAGAAAGGCCUUGGGUCAAACUUCACGGACCAUACUCAUGGAACCAGCUCCCAGAUCAUGAACUAGAAGCUGCCUUCAUGCCCUCUCCCAGUCAUUAUCCCUGCUCCACGAGAACGACUAUCCUGACUUCCAAAACCAGAUGCUACCUUCGGUGUUUUUGGGGGGUUUAUACAUGUAAUCAUAAAGCAGGUACCCUGUUACUUCGACCUCUUUCAGUCACCGCGCUGCUUGAUGAGUCCUUGAUGUUUUUGCAGGUAACAAUAAUCCAUGCGUUCUCAUUGCUGUCCAAUAUUCACAAUACAUAAUGCAAAUACGUUUAUACUGUAUAAUACAUAAUGCAUAAUACAUUUAGACUGGGAUAAUUAAUGCAUAUACUGUAUUAUGUACACACAAUACAUUAUGCUGGAAGAAACCCUGUCCUGCCUCUCCCAGCAGGGGUGAGCCAUUGUGCUCAACCACAAUUUAUGUACCUAAACAUAGAAGAGGUAAGUAACAAUAUAAUAUUAUAAUCUUAUGGGACCGGCAUCUUAUAUGCUGUUCGGUUCAUCAUUGACCAAAUGUUGUUAUGUGGUACACAACUCGAUCAGUUGAGAACGUGUGUUGGCUUAUUUAUGGAUUCUCUGUUCCGUUAAACGGGUCUAUGCAUCUAUCAACAUCACACAGUCUUGAUUAAUAUCAUUAUGUAGCAAUUCUUAACACUGGCAGAGUGACUCCUCUCACUUCAUUGUUUCAAAAUUAUUGUGGCUAUUUCAGGGCCUUAACAUUUUUAUAUAAUUUUAUAAUAAGCCUGUCUAUGUCUCCAAGAAAACCUUGCUGAGAUUUUGCUAGAAAUUCCGUUAAAACUAAAAAUCAAUUUGGGAAGAAGUGACUUUAUUACUCUGUUGAGUCUUUCAAUCCAUGAACAUAGUAAGCCUCUCCAAUUAUUAAGGUCUUCUUAAUGCUUUUCAUCGUGUUCUGCGCUUUUUAGUGUACAGAUUCUGUACGGAUUCAGCCCUUAGUAUUAUAUUUUCUUUGAAGAAACUGUAGAUGGCAUUCCAUCUUUCAUUUCCAAUUCCACCUGUUUGUCAGCACACAGGGUGCAGUUGAUUUUCGUAUGUCGACACUGUAUCCUGCAAACCUGCUGCUCUCACUCAUCAGGUCUAGGAAUUUUUUGUAGAUUCCUUCGGAUUUUCCAUGUGAACAGUCAGGUCAACUAAAAAGAGACAGUUUUCUUCCUUUCUGAUCAGUAUGAAUUUUAUUUUUUACUUUUUGCCUUACUGCAUGAGUUAUGACUAGAACUUUCAGUGCUCUGUUGAACAAGAGUGGGCAGAGCAGACAUCCCUGCGCGGUUUCCUGCUUAGAAGGCGAGCGCUCAGCCCUUCAGGAUUAAGUGCGAUGAUGCAGUUUCCAUGUGCGUGCUUUCUCAAGUUGAAACAGCUCCCCUCUAGUCAUUAUUUGCGGAGAGCAGGUUUUGUUUCUAUCAUAAAGGAAUAUUUAAUUUUGUCAAGCGAUGCAGAAAACUGCAUCAGGCAUUCUGGCCAUAGACUUUUCUUCUUUCUCUUGCUGAUAGGGUGUAUUAUGUUGGUUGAUUUUCAAAUUCCAGAUUAGUCUUGCAUCUUUUGAAUAAAUCACAUUGGGUUGUGGUGUAUCACUCGUUUUAUAUAGUGCUGGAUGCAAUUUGCUAACUUGUUAACGAUUUUUGUAUCUAAGUUCGUGAGAAACAUUGGUCAAUAGGGUUUUAAAGUUAUUUUCAUACUGUCUUUGUAUGGUUUUGGUAUCAUAAAACAAGUUGAAAAGCA